AUGAAGGGCUUAGAUCCUGAGGAGUACAUGGACCCUUCAAAAAGCUGGCGUGACAACGAAAAGCUGGUUUAUGGGAAACUAAUACGGGAUCGCCCCAUAAACAAGUAUGAUGUUAGCGAGCUUGAGAGAAUUGUCCAGGAUUGCCGCUACCACUCCCCAGAACGUUUUCCUGAACGUUCAUCCAGCAGUUCGUCAUCGGACGAAAUAAUAGUUUAUAAUUUGAGCUGGCGUUCUGAAGAGUUGAAGAGCCUCCUUCGGGACGAUAAACACGGCUUUGAAGUGCGAAAAUCAAGUCAUAAGAGGAGACGUAUUAUGAGUGAGGUAGAAGAACGCGCUGAUAUUCCGGAAGGAGCACCAGCGUGGUAUACUCUU